UCAGUUUCUUCAUAUCAAGCUCUAUACUACAAUAUACAAUUCAAGUUUUUUUUUUUUUUGUUUAUUUAUCAUGGGAAUUAUCACAGUCACUGAUGAGUUCACUAGCCCAAUUUCAGCAUCUAGAAUGUUUAAGGCCCUCAUUCUUGAUGGUGAAAAUCUUCUUCCAAAAAUUGCACCUCAAGUUAUCAAAAAUGUUGAGACAAUUCAUGGAGAUGGAGGCCCUGGAACUAUCAAGCAAAUGAACUUUGCUGAAGGUAGUGAAGUCAAGUUUGUGAAGAAUAGGAUUGACGCACUUGACAAAGAUAACAUGACCUAUGCAUACACAUUGAUUGAAGGUGGUUCUUUAAUGGACAAGAUUGAUUCAAUUUCAUAUGAAAUAAAACUUGAGUCCACCCCUGAUGGAGGAUGUAAAAGUAAAACCACUAGCAAUUACCAUACAAAGCCUGGUGUUGAGAUCAAAGGAGAAGAAAUUAAAGCACGCAAAGAGAAGGCUACUCUUGUUGUCAAGGCUGUUGAGGGUUACCUCUUGGCAAAUCCUAAUGAAUAUGCUUAGUGUGAUUUUGGCGACU